UGGCACGAGGAGACAUCAGACUCAAGCCCCUACUCUCCUGGAAACCAUCCCAGAACCUCCACCCUCUGACACCAUGGUCAACUCGUGUUGUGGCUCCGUCUGCUCUGACCAGGGCUGUGGCCAGGAGACUUGUUGCCGCCCCAGCUGCUGCCAGACCACCUGCUGCAGGACCACCUGCUGUCGCCCCAGCUGCUGUGGCUCCAGCUGCUGCCGCCCCUGCUGUGGGGGUUCCAGCUGCUGUGGCUCCAGCUGCUGCCAGCCUUGCUGCCGCCCCACCUGCUGCCAGACCACCUGCUGCAGGACCACUUGCUGCCGCCCCAGCUGCUGUGGUUCCAGCUGCUGCAGGCCCAGCUGCUGCAUCUCUAGCUGCUGCCGGCCCUGCUGUGGGGGUUCCAGCUGCUGUGGCUCCAGCUGCUGCCAGCCCUGCUGCCGCCCCACCUGCUGCCAGACCACCUGCUGCCGGACCACCUGCUGCCGCCCCACCUGCUGUGUGUCCAGCUGCUGCCGCCCCUGCUGUGGGGGUUCCAGCGGCUGUGGCUCGAAUUGCUGUGGCUCCAGCUGCUGCCAGCCUUGCUGCCGCCCCACCUGCUGCCAGACCACCUGCUGCCGGACCACCUGCUGCCGCCCCACCUGCUGUGUGUCCAGCUGCUGCCGCCCCAGCUGUUGCUAGACCCCCUGCCACCACCCACCAACCUGCUCUAGUGGCUCUUGCUGCUGCUGAGUGCCCUGACCUGCACCCUGCUGUUUUCGUCAGCCAACCUCCUUCAUGUCGUCCAACUGGGAGCUGAAUCAUGUGAGGCCAACUGUAAAACCUCAGUUCCCAGUGAUUUUUCAAUG